AUGAAGAGUAGCACGGUCGUGGCGAUCCUACUUCUCCACACGGUCCUGAUCAUAGGAAUCCUAGCCGAGGUGAAUGCCGAGGGUGAGGGGUACUUCCCGAAGUGCUGCAACAACUGCAGGUCCUUCUCGGGGGCCAUGUUCUGUGACGACGUGAUGUACAAGUGCCCUCCGACCUGUGCGUGGUGCCGCGCGGUGCAUGUGCGCCCUGUCAAGACGUUUAGGUGCGCCGACGGGAGAACUGCCGACGGCAGCUGCCAUCCGUGCAAGAAUCACUGA